AUGGCAUCAGACGCUGAUAGCGUGACAAAUGAUGGAUGGUGCCAUGGCCAGAUCCAGGCUAACUCCGACAUUGCAGGAUGGGGGACAAUUGCAACCUUGGCUGUCAAUGCAUCUAUGGGUAUGCUAUUUUCAUUGCGACUAUGGUUGGCAAAGACCAAGAAUAUAUACCAUGAUGCAAGAAGCGGACAGCCUUCAACUGCAAUGUUACCGUUUUACUCGGAGAGUAUGACACCUUGGGACGAGCUCUUGAUUUCGAUUGCCGACACGAACCUCAUUUCCGCAUUGGGCAUUGUUAUCUCAUCGUUGGUCAACCUGCUCUCCGACAUCGAUGCAUAUCCCAAUUACCAUCUCUGGAUCGCCUGGAUUUUAGCUGAUCUGGCGAUAAUGGGAUUUGGCGCUGCAUCCCAGGUCUACCACAAAAUCAGAUACAACGAGGCGGAAAGAUACAGAUUGAUCCCGCGAACCAUUCUCGCUGGUGUCACCUGGGCAUUGUGGAUGUGCUGGACUUGUCUUAUCCUCGACCGCUUCCGGGCGUGGGAGGUGACGUGGGAAGCAGAGAAGAGUCACACGCCACAAUGUUUCAGCACUCACCUGGACAUGUCGGACCGGUUCACGUUUACUUUUUGGAUAUAUAUCAACCUUUUCUGGGUUUCUCAGUCUUUCGUCUGGAUUAUAUCAACGCCGUUUCGAGUGCAUGCUUAUUUGGACCGAUGGCUCUAUAUUUUCGAUAUAUGGCUGGUUCGUCUUGCAAUAUCAAUCCCAAGAGCAGCCCAGCACCUGGUACGACGCAGAGGAUCAAGAAUUGCAUCCAUUAUCAUCGGAUGUAUCUGGUUGUUUUAUGUACCGCCAAUUUACGGGGUGGUGCUCUUUCUGCUACCCAGCCAUAUAAUGGAUUUGCCAUUUGUUCUUAUUUUUAUCCCAUGGGAUAUUUACGAUAUUUACAUUGCAAAGAAAAGCAAUCGAGGCAUUGUGGUAGACGUGCCGACCUUGACCCUGCAGGAAUCUAUCAGGAACAGUGAGUCCGACUGGGGGUUUGGGCAAAUAUUUCCAAUGGUUUUCAUAAUUAUUUUGCUUCUUAAUUUCACAGAUGCAUAUCUAGGGUCAAGAACGCCACGAUAG